GCAGAGAAUUUCACAAACAACAUGUCGCGUCGCACUACCAUCCCAGAACAGCCAGUUAGGUCCUUCUCACUAGGCCGGUGCAUUCUCUAUGGUUGUGGAGCGGGCCUGCUUGGCGUCGCAGCCAUGACGGUUGGGGAAAAAAUCGAGCAAUAUUUCACUGGCAGACCGUCUUCAUAUGUCCCGGGCCAUACAUUAGAACGGCUUUUGUCGCUCCCGGCUCGACCUGAUUCAGAGCGCUUCGGACUGAACAUGGCGAUGCACUACGGCCAGGGAGCUGCUGCUGCGAUUAUCAGAGCCCUUAUGAGCGCGAACGGCAUUCGUGGGCCGUUUUCCGACUUCAUGUUUAUUUCUAUCCGGUUGAUGAUUGACCAGACUUUAGAGAAUUGGACAGGGGUUGGCGCGCUUCCUUGGACGUGGCCGGAGAAUGAGCAGAUCAUUGAUAUUUUACACAAAGCUGUUUUUGCGUUCGUAACUGGUUAUUUCACAGAUAGAUGGCUGCAGGGAUAAUGACAGGACUGCUACCACAAACACGGGAAGGUAAGGUUCUUGCCGAAAAAGGACAAACACCGAUUUUGCUAUUGAUGCAUCUUUGUUGUAACAAAUGAAGACCCAUGCAGAGGCC